AUGACUUCAACUGAUAUUGAACAAAAUUUUCCCAAUUUGUCCUUUUGUUUGCUAGAUAUUUUUUUUAGUGAGGUUCAUGCUAAAGUCAACUACCGCCAAGCCUAUACUACAAUUAAUGAAUUAUCAAAAAAAGCUAUUCAAAUUGGGCUUGAUGCUGGUUCUAAUACAUUAGAAGAACUUGAAAAUUGUAUGAAUAGUUUUAUCAGUAAAUACAAACCAAAAGGUAAAGAAAAAAUGACUCACAAAAGGAAUAUAAGUCAACAGGAAAAUGAAGAUAAAUUAUCAAAUUCAAGUUCUAGUGACAAAGAAAAUUUCAUCAAAAUUGAAAAUCCGAUUGUGAAUUCAAAAAGAGGAGCUCCAAGAAAAAAGUGCUUCAAAAGUUCUAGUGAAUUAGAAAAUAAAAGCAAUUCAAAUACUAAACAUUUAGAAGCACAAAAAAUUUGA